AUGCGCCAGCCCGGAGACAUGAACGCAGACGUGCCGUUCCGCGCUGCUGUUCAAGGAAUCGGCUCAGAACACCUCCAUCUUCAUCUCCUUUUGGACACCUGCACCUUCAUCACAAGCCCAGCCAGCCACGCAGUAUCUCUGUGCACGAGGCGGCGGCGGCCCGGCCCAUGCCGCAGCUCUGUUUUCUCCCCUGCAGGCUCCUCGCGGUUUGCUCCGGCGGUUACACAACACGCCCCGUUUUUUAAAGGAACGGCCGUUGUUAACGGAGAGUUCAAGGAGCUGAGCCUGGAUGAUUUCAAGGGGAAAUACCUGGUUCUCUUCUUUUACCCCCUGGACUUCACCUUUGUCUGCCCCACAGAAAUUGUGGCUUUCAGCAACAAAGCAAAUGAAUUUCGUGAUGUGAACUGUGACGUUGUGGCAGUUUCUGUGGAUUCUCAUUUUUGUCAUCUGGCCUGGAUAAAUACGCCACGAAAGAGCGGCGGUUUGGGCAAAAUGAAUAUUCCAGUUCUGUCAGACCUCACAAAACAGAUCUCCCGUGAUUACGGUGUGCUGCUAGAAGGACCUGGCAUAGCACUAAGAGGUCUCUUCAUCAUUGAUCCAAAUGGAAUCAUCAAGCAUCUAAGUAUCAACGAUCUCCCCGUUGGUCGUAGUGUGGAAGAGACCCUCCGCUUGGUGAAAGCAUUCCAGUACGUGGAAACGCACGGAGAGGUUUGCCCAGCAAACUGGACUCCAGACUCCCCUACAAUCAAACCAAGCCCAGAAGCUUCUAAAGAAUAUUUUGAGAAAGUACAUACAUGAACACUCAAAAUAUGUGGACAAAACUCUUAGUUACCAUACAAUGAAGACAUUAAGAAAGCAGCUGUGAUCAUAAAAAAUCAAAAAUAAAAGUCCUCAUUUUCUGAUGCUUAAAAUGAAAUUAAAUGUUGAAAUAUUUACUGACUCCCUUGUCUUCUUUAAAAAGAAGGAUAAAAACUAAGGCUUUUUUCCCUCCCCUUUUGCAACCUGUUUCAUUAAUUUGUGACUAUUAAUCUUCUUCCUGAAUAUGUAAUAACAGGUACACAAAAUACAGUUGUAUUCCCACUAGAUUUUUCCUCUUUUCAUAACUGUUUUGGACCAGAAAGUGUCUGCUGUUUUCUUCUCACAGGAAAAAUUAAAUUCUGUAAGAAGAGUUUGAAACACUGGCGACAAUACAGAAAAUAGAAUUUUGAUACAUGGGUUGUUUUAAUGAAUUUUGCAGAGGAAGAGAUGAAUGUAACAAAACUUUAAAAAUCCCAGGUUUUGUUGUGUAAAUGCACUGUAACUUGAAAUGAAUGUAAACAUGUGCCAUUUCAAUCCUGCAUAUAGCCAAAGAUGCAGUGCAGCUACACAGAAGCAUUAGCAACCAUGAACAUCCAAACUUGAAACCCUAUAGUGUACUCACUGCAGCUUAAUGACAAGUCUUCUGUCACUUAAAGCAUUGUUUAUUUGCUUGAAUCUCUCUGUUAAUACUGCUUGAAAACAAUAUAGUGUAUCUCUAACUGUAAUAAUAAAUCUUAACAGUGGCUAGCA